AUGGCUGGUGGAACCGUUGGUACAGCCAUCGCCGGCACGCACGAGAUUGUCUAUGGCCCACCCGGUUACAAAGGCCUUAUCAAAGAGCCUCGUCUCUUCGCUCUUGCAUGCUUUGCCUCAAUCGGUGGGCUGCUAUUCGGCUAUGACCAGGGAGUCAUUUCUGGUGUGCUGGUCAUGAAUAAUUUCUCCAAGCAUUUCCCAGUCCUCACAGAGGAUGCCACGCUCCAAGGAUGGCUGGUCUCCAUCAUGACACUCGGCGCCAUGUUCGGUGCCUUUGUGAACGGACCAAUCUCCGACCGGCUAUCACGCCGGUGGUCAAUCCUGGGCGCAAAUAUCAUCUUCCUGGUCGGUUCGAUCAUCCAAUGUGCGGCGGAAAACGUGGCCAUGUUGUUUGUUGGCCGGUUUGUAUUUGGCUGUGCGAUCGGUAUGCUGGCCAUGGUUGUUCCGCUCUACCUGUCCGAGCUGGCGCCUCCUAAUAUCAGAGGUGCUCUGGUGGCUCUCCAGCAGCUCUCGAUCACUGUUGGUAUUAUGGUUAGCUUUUGGAUUAACUACGGAACCCAGUAUAUUGGUGGCACUGGUGAAGGACAGUCUCAAGCCGCCUGGAGGAUACCCUUUGCGUUACAGUGUUUACCAUCGGCCAUUCUCGCAGUCGGCACAUUCUUUCUUCCAUACAGCCCUAGAUGGCUGAUGAACCAAGGCCGGGAAGAUGAAGCAUUGCAGACACUCGUGCGACUGAGAAGGGUUCCUGUCACCGACUAUCGUCUCACGGCUGAAUUUCUUGAAAUUAAGGCUGCCCGUCUUUUUGACCAGCAAACCAAGAUCGACAAGUACGGAGAAGGUCUCUCGGAUUUCUAUAUCGCACUACAGCAGUACAAGGAACUCUUUACUGCGAGCCAUUUAAGAAAGCGGACUAUGGUUGCUUGUCUACUUCAAGUACUUCAACAGUUCACUGGAAUCAAUGCUAUCAUUUACUAUGCCCCCCAAUUCUUCGAGGCCAUCGGGCUCCGCGGCAACUCCGUGAACCUCCUAGCUACGGGCGUCGUGGGCAUUGUUUUCUUCUUCUCCACCAUUCCAGCUGUCAUGUAUCUGGAUAGGUGGGGUCGGAGGAAGACACUGAUGCUGGGUGCUGCCGGUAUGUCCGUUGCUCAGUUAAUCGUGGCAACGUUAUACGCUGUGUAUAAAAACACCUUCUCGCAACAUCCAGCAGCUGGGUGGGCUGCGUGUGUAUUCGUCUGGGUCUAUAUCGGAACUUUUGCCUUUAGCAUCGCAUGCGUCAACUGGAUCAUGCCCUCGGAGAUGUUUCCGCCCGCGACACGAGGCAAGGCCGUCGGAGUCGCCAUCGCAUCCAACUAUCUGUCCAACUUCAUUGUUGCGCUUAUCACGCCCAGGAUGCUCAGGUCCAUCACUUUCGGGACGUUUUAUUUCUUUCUGGUGUUUUGUGUUAUUCUUGGCGUCUGGACCUACUUUUGUGUUCCGGAGACCAAGGGUGUCCCCAUCGAGGAGAUGGAUAGACUUUUUGGCGGCAAUGAUGCCGAGGCUGAUCUGGAACGCAUUGCUGAAAUUAGAUCCCGUAUUGGCCUUGCGCCGAACGGAGACACGGAUGCCGUUCUUAAGGAGAUCAAGGACACCACGAGCCAUGUCGAGUCUGUUGGCUGUGAUAAAUGA